AGACAAGGUUUGGUGCGAGUUUUCAUAUCAUAUGUUCUCUUCAUAGACAUGUAUACAUACAUACAUACUCUUGUAAACUUUGCAGUGCACAUUUUUUUAUUCCAAACCGAAAUUUAACUGCUUUCAUUUAAAAUACUCAGAUUUAUUCACCAUGUCCAAGCAAGUCUGCCUGCUUUGUUUACAAAUUUUCGAAAACGACGAAAAAUUCCGGAAAACAUUCCAAAUCGGUCCUCUCUGCAAGCUGUUAACACUAUGUCAUCACAAUUACAAAUCUUCUCAUCCUGAAUUUGAAAACAACGAAAUAUGCGAAUUUUGCGAUGAUUGUUAUCCUCUCUUUGGCACAAUGGAAGAAAUUAGGAGGCAAAUUUCACUCCUGGAGCAAGAAAUUGGGUCGAAAAUGAAGACAAUUAAGGCCACAAUUUUGCACGCUCCUUCCUCCUCCCACUUACAAAAUGAUGGAAAGGAUAAAAUUCUACAAAUUCGUGACAUGCUUCUCCGUGUGGCAGGAGAGAAUACGGGCAAUUCUGGAUCAGACGAAGAGAAAGUUCAAGUCAAAGUAGAGGACGAGGAAGGAGGUGAUGAAGACGUUGACCUUGACCCUCUCGCAGAUGUGGUCGACCAAUUCUUGGACGAUGACUACCUCGACUACUCUAGAACAAGUGUCGAAGAAGAAGAUUUAUUGAACGAGGUGGCAGACGAUGCCGCCUUCUGUAUUAUUCCCUCCUCACAAAAUAAACCGACAAAUAUUGAAAAAUCAGGCCCUAGGAAACGCAAGAAAGAAGAACCUCCCACUAGUUCGAAACAGAUUAAACUGGAACCACUCAGCCCGACACAGUCGCCCCCACGCCGUUCAUCCAGAAAGCAAGCCUUCACACCCAAAAAUGUUCCACCGGUGGAUAUAGUUUCUAAGACAAAAUCAGCGUCAAAGGAAUCUACACGUGUCGACGACUACACUCUAAAAAUUGAGCAUACCGACUACGUUGGAAACUCUGACGAAAAAAUCGUCCCCAAAGAUGCAACCUCCCACAAAUGCACCACCUGCGCCACAUCUUACACCACAGAAUUUGCCCUUAACAAUCAUAUCUCACAGUGUCACAAGAGAACCUGCGUCGCGCCGUCCUGCACCGCCACGUUUCGCUCCAAGUUUUCCUUGUUCGCCCACUUGAAGACUUCUCAUAAAGGCUUUUGCCCUUAUCGGUGUUUACUAUGCGGGAAAAAGUUUGGUCUCCGCGAAAACGCGCUUGCCGUCCACAUGGUGAUGCGACACGAAAACGGGGAAAAGAAAUUGUCCUGCGUCAAAUGCGGGAAGAAAUUCUGCCUCGAGCAAAACUUGGUGAGACAUUUGAAACUCCAUGACGUCGAGGGGACGAAACCGCUGGUUUGUGACGUGUGCGACGACCGAUUUGAAAACGAAGACGUUUUACAGAAACAUUUAAAAACGUUGUCACAUGGGGCAAAGCCGUUCAAGUGUGAUACUUGUAGGAAGGGGUUCAACAGUAGGGUGGGAUUGGAAAGCCACGACCGAACCCACAAGAAGGAAAAAACGGAGAAAUGUGACCUCUGUGAGGCCGCCUUCGCGCACAAGAUCUCCCUGCAGCGCCACAUGACCCGCGCCCACUCAGGCAGCCAUCCCACCCAUAUUUGCAACCUGUGUAGUAAAGCAUUCCACCUUCCAGUAGAUCUUCGACACCACUUGGAUCGUCACAGGGGCAGAUAUCAAGUCAAAUGUGACACUUGUCAGGAAACAUUUGGGGAUCAGAGCACCUUACUCUCCCAUCUUAUCAAGGUGCACGGUAAUGACCCGUAUGUGUGCCCGUAUGAAUGCGGUGCUACUUUUAUGACGCUGUCAGGAUAUAAGACACACAAGAAGGUUCAUGAAGGAGUUAAAAGCCACCAAUGCGAUACUUGUGGCGCCUGUUUCAUGCAGAUGAACCAACUUACGAAUCACGUCCGGUCUCACACCGGCGAGCGACCAUUCCCCUGCCCCCAUUGCGAACAAGCCUUCAAGACCAAGAACAAUUUGAGCACGCACGUCAAGGUUAUCCAUACUCCGGGCUAUGUCCCCUCCACCCCACACAAAUGCCCCCACUGCGAUAAAGCAUUCCAAUCGCCCGUCUUUUUGGAGGGUCACAUUCGCCAAGCACACACGGGGGAGCGCCCCUUUACCUGCGACCAGUGCGCAAAAGGGUUCGCGGUCAAGUCGGCGCUGACUCUGCAUUUGAAAACGGCCCAUGGCGUCGUUCCGGAAAAGAAAGAUAGGUUGCCAAGAUCGAAAAAGGAUGCGUUUCAUCAUGUAGAAGAAGACAAUGACUAAAGUAGAAUUUGUAACUUAUAUUGUUAAAUUUUAAUUUGUAAACUCAAUUGUUACCAGUAUAAAUACUAUAUACAGAUAAAUACAGAUAAAUACAGAUAAAUACUAUAUAAUCAAAGUUUGCUGUAAUAAGUAAAGAUUGCACAAUAUUGCACAUAAAAUUGUAAGAGCCAGUCCGUCAAAAUAUUUACAAGCACAUGUGUAACUGACGAAACUAAAAAUAAAGCCAAAAUAUGUGUUAAACACCGAGGA